AUGGGCAAGCGCGAACGCGAGGGAACGUUCGACAAGACGCGCUGCCUUGCAUUUGUGCGGCGGCUGUGGGACCUUGAUGAGCUUGGCAUGUUCCACCAUCCAGUCAGCGCCAGCGAGCUACCCGAUUACCACGCGGUGGUGAAGAGCCCUAUCGACCUGUCGACCAUCCGCCAGCGCGUCGAGGACGGCACGUACACCGCCGACGCUGACGUCCAGAACGCCGUGGCGCUGAUGAUCGCCAACGCGCUCGAGUACAACGCGAAAAGCAGCGAGUGGCAUCGCCAGGCGUUAUCGUUCCGCAAGACUUACCUCGACCUCGCGCGGCACUCGGGGAUGACCGUCGACGCCGAUGACGCGUACAUCCCAUCGCGCGCCUUCAAGGACAACGAGUCGACGCUGCGCAAGGCAGAGAAGCGCAACGAGGAGAACCUGGGCGAAUUGCUGGAGCAACUCGAGGCGGAGAAGGAGGUGCCGCUGGAGGAGCUCCUGGCAAAGUACAAGCGCGUUGAGAAAGGUGUAGACAAGCGCAACGGCGACGACAGCAGCGAUGGCGCGGAGGGCGAAGAUGCUGAUGAUGAAGAGGAGGAGGACGAAGAGACAAGCAGCAACGAUGAGGAAGAUGAUGAUGAUGAUGAUGAUGAUGAUGAUGAUGACGAUGAUGAUGAUGAUGACGAUGAUGAUGAUGAAGAUGGUGACGGCGAUGACAGCGCUUGA